GUUUACGUCGUGACGUAAUGACGCAGAAUAAACAACAAGGGCAGGAUGGGGGUCAGUGUAAUCUCUGUGGAUGUUUUUUGUUCUGUACUUGGCUCUAUUUAAAAUACAGGCUCCAGAUACCCAUUCUUUUUAACGGACGCCACGGCACGGUGGAAUAUUUUUAGACUCUUCUCCAUGAGUGUUUAGGUCCAGAUUCCUGGUACUUCCUACUCUUCUACAGUCCGCUCUACCAGAUUUCAUCUGGUCAGCUGAGCAGCUGGUCAGAAGAUCUCUGUCCUCCUAGAGUCUUAAAAUAUUUAAUACUUUUGCAACGUAAAGAGUUAUUUUUUGCUUAAUCAAAAACUUAAAUGUAGCACUUAAAAAACUUAAAUGUGAGAUUUUCAUUUAGUGAUUUGGGAUUGAAGAUCUUCAAGAUCACAUUCUGAGGGCAGACUGAAACGUUUGAUUAUUUUUUUCUUAAGUGCAUGGGCAAAAAUUCUAUCAAAGGUUUAUUUAGCCUCACACAAGUUCAUACAGGACAGACGCCAUUUGACUGUGAUGUUUGUGAACACAAAUUUGGUUACCCAUUGGGCAUUGCUGCCCGAUGCACCUCCGCUGAUGCGUAGUUAGAAUGUAUCUACAUUGCAUCAAAAGUCCUAACAUCUGUGAUUUUUUAAAGAAUGUUUAAAAAAAUCUGUAAAUGUGAGCAGAGACUUGUAGUAGAUGAGUGUUUUAGAAAAGGGAAAUGAUUGCUGAUUUUCACAAGUCACAUAAAAUAAAAAAAUCUGUUUUAAUCUCAGAUAUUUUAAUAAAAAUAUCAGAUGACAUGUUCAAGUUUAAAACUAGUCACAUAAAAAGCCGAUAUAGUUUGUGGUUGGCUUUUUUUAUUUUUUUAUUUUUGAGACCAUUGUCCUGACAGAUUUCACCAGUAGGUGGCGGUAAAGCACCACAGCGGUGUUUUCCAGACGCCAACAAAACGCCCCGAGAGGAAGAAAAGGGAGGAAAAAGAAGACUCGUAAAAAGUGAGUGGAUUUGUAGGAUUUUUGUUGUUCGUCCUUAAUGAUGAUUGAGUUUAGCUCAGCUGUAGCAGGUCAGACUGUUAAAAGCGAACAGAGAAACAGCAGAAAGUCGAACAGAUGUGGAUGAAAUCCUGGUGAGGGGAGACCUGCACGAGCAGAUACCAAAGGAAAACGCUUCUUUCCCGUGUUCCCUGUAGAUGUUCAGCAGAUGUUGGUGAUUAAAGAAGAAGAUCAUGAAGAAUGGAGAUCUGAUGAGGACCAGCAGGACCAUGAGCUUGUCAUCAUUAAGAAGGAAGAGGAGGAAAUCUGGACCAGUGAGAAAAAUGAACACAUCGACGAGGAGGAGACCGAUGCCACCAGGUUUUCAUUCGCUUCAGUUCUUUUAAAGCAGGAGGAGGAUGGAGAGAAACCUCCCCUCUCCCACAUUUAUCGGCACAAAGUGGAGGACAGAGAUCUUCUGACCAGCUGCUCAGCUGACCAGAUGAAAGUAGAAUCUGGUAGAGCAGAUUGUAGAAGAGUAGGAAGUACCAGGAAUCUGGACCUAAACACUCAUGGAGAAGAGUCUAAUUCGAGUGAGAAUGAUGAAGAUGAGGUGAACAAUCAUGACUCUCAGCUGAAACCUUUGGCAGACUCUGAGUCACAAACUGAAGACAGUGACGGUGAUUUAAAAGAGGGCAGGACCACUGGGCCAGCUGUAAACACCACUAACUGUCGCUGCUCUGAGUGUGGGAAGCUGUUUGUUAGCAACCGGUCUCUUCAGAGACACGUGACAAGUCAUUCAAGGUCUCCAAGUGUCAAUAAUAAUAAGAGUUUUACAGUAGAAGUUAAAGUAGAGUCUAUCAAGAAGGUCAGGAAAAGACGGAAAUCAUUUCAUUGUGAUGAUUGUGGUAAAAUUUUUACCAGAAAAACAAAUCUAAACGCACACAAGACAAUUCACACAGGAGAGAAACCUUUUGACUGUCACAUGUGCAGACAAAGUUUCAAUCGUAAAGGAAACUUAAACACACAUGAGGACCCACACUGGACAGAAACCCUUUGGUUGUGA